UGCGUCUGCGCGGGCAGGUGGGGCAAGAUGGCUACCGAGCAUGGCGUGAGGUUUGUCUGUAUCCGACCCGGAACAGGGCUGGGUAAAGUGGUGCGGGCCCUUGUGCUGCUGCUGUGGUUUGCAGCCCGCGCGAGUGCGCUCUACUUCCACAUUGGGGAGACAGAGAAAAAGUGCUUUAUUGAAGAGAUUCCGGACGAGACUAUGGUCAUAGGAAAUUACAGGACGCAGCUGUAUGACAAGCAGCGCGAGGAGUAUCAGCCGGCCACCCCCGGGCUUGGCAUGUUUGUGGAGGUGAAGGAUCCAGAGGACAAGGUCAUCUUGGCCCGGCAGUAUGGCUCUGAGGGCAGGUUCACUUUCACUUCUCAUACCCCUGGUGAGCACCAGAUCUGUCUUCACUCCAAUUCCACCAAGUUCUCCCUCUUUGCUGGAGGCAUGUUGAGAGUUCACCUUGACAUCCAGGUGGGUGAACACGCUAACGACUAUGCAGAAAUUGCUGCCAAAGACAAGCUGAGCGAGUUGCAGCUUCGAGUGCGACAGCUAGUGGAACAAGUGGACCAGAUCCAGAAAGAGCAGAACUAUCAAAGGUGGCGAGAGGAGCGUUUCCGGCAGACCAGCGAGAGUACCAACCAGCGGGUAUUAUGGUGGUCCAUUCUCCAGACCCUCAUCCUGGUGGCCAUCGGUGUUUGGCAGAUGCGGCAUCUCAAGAGUUUCUUUGAAGCCAAGAAGCUGGUGUAGCCUUCCCAGGCCACACAUGCCAUUUUGCUUUCCAGGCCGGGGGACAAAGAGCCUCCUAGAACUGAGUCAUCUCUGGCAAGGACUGAUCUUCAGUCUGUCAGUAGCUAGAGGAGGGGGGCUGCAAGUGUCCUCACGCACAAGCCAAGUGCAGCAGCGUGGCUGGCUAAUCCUGAGCAAGUGAUGGGACAAAGUGCCUGUCCCCUCCCCCUGGCCUCUGGAUCUUUUGCAGUAAUCAUCCAGGGACUGGUAAAGCCCCUGAGAUCCCCAUUGGCACCUUAGGAUCAUCACAGUGUUACUGAUCAGGGAUGUGAGGCUGCUGUCUGGGAUGGGUGGGGGGAGGGGAGAUAGUGGGUGGGCAAGCCAGUCUUCCUUCUGUCUUUUUUUUUUUUUGAUAACUUGGGAUUUUGAGCAGGUUGGGGCGUGGCUGUGACUUGAUACUCCAGGAAACUGGCUGUUGUCUCCUUUGGCAUAAACCCAGCAUGGUCAUUUAGGGUGUGUCUGUCUAUGCAGGAUGAUGUGGAUGGGGUUUGCAGUGUGGGCAAGUAGCCUGAAAGUUGUUGAUCCUGGCUUUUUCACAUGAUUGUCCUUUCUGGGGCUUGAGCUGGGAUGGCAGAGGCUGUGGUGCUGGUUGGGUAUGGGACCUACAGAAUCUUGUUACUGAUUUUCAGUGAAUCUAGGUUUAUUAUUUUGGUUUCCCAAUUAAAAAGAAUAUUGACUUCU